CGCUCUGUGGUUGAGGCGCCGGGGAGCGUCUGGAGUUUCCACAGCUCUGCAGCUCCGCAGCUCGGCUCUGAUCUCCGCGGCUCCCGCCAUGACUGUACAGCAGUGUGUGUGGGUCCUGGUACUGGCUGUUGCAGUGGGGGUCUAUUUUAUCCCCUCACCAAUAGACCCUGAACCAUUUAUAUUUGAGGGGCCACCGCCGGCUCUGGAAGGUCCUCUGGCGGUCAACACAAGGUUACAGAGAGGACGAAGACUGUUUGCUGGACAGCUCAAAGGCCCGGAGUCUUUUACUGCAGAUCAGAAUGGGAACGUGUACACGGGCACAGUGGAUGGGAAGCUUUGGAGGAUCAAUAAUGAAACCCUGACGUUCAUCACUCAGAUGGGCCAGAAUCUUCCAGAAUGUGGCACCAGUACAGACUACGAGCCUGUGUGUGGUCGACCUCAUGGGCUGCGGCUGGACCGUCACGGACAGCUUAUAGUGGCCGACUCGUACUUCGGCCUGUUUAAGGUGGAUCCCUGGACAGGACAGAAGACGCUGCUUCAUUCCAGCAAAGAAGGUGCUGAUGGAAUCCCUUUUGGCUUUCUGAAUGGGCUGGAGAUCUCUAAAAAUGGAACUGUGUUCUUUACGGACUCCAGCAGUAGAUGGGGUCGGCGGCACGUUCGUUAUGAGGUCCUGGAGACUAACCGUCUGGGUCGCCUGCUGUCUUAUGAUCCUGAGUCUGGGAGCGUUCGGACCCUGCUGGACUCUCUCUACAUGCCUAACGGCUUUGCCUUCUCAGCUGAUGAAGACUUUCUGGUGCUGGCUGAGACCAGCAUCGGCCAUAUCAGCAGGUUCUGGCUAAAAGGACCUAAAGCUGGAACAAAGGAGACUGCCAUGAACAAUAUGGUUGGCUAUCCGGACAACAUCCACAUCAGUGACCAUGGCACAUUUCUAGUGGGCAUUAACACUGUCCGUUUAUGUGGUCGACUCCUCCCACCUUUCCUGGACCUGCUCGCACCCUAUCCAGCUCUCAAGUGCUUUGUGGUCAAGGUAAUUCCUCUGGGCUGGUAUGAUGCUCUGCUGCCCUCCUAUGGCCUGGUUCUGGAGCUGGGGCCCGACCGACAGCUGCUGGACAGCCUGCACGACCCCACAGGCACUCUGACCUGGGCUAUUAGUGACGUCUUCCAGCAGAGGGGGAUCUACUAUCUGGGCAACACUGACCUUCCCUUCCUGGCAGUCCUGGAUCAGUGGAGCUGAUACUGGAGUGAAGCGUUCUACUGCUGGUGAAAAUCUCGGGAAUACUGGGAAUGUUAUGAGAUGUCCAUUUUUCAACUGACACUGGAAUAUGACACUGCACCGUAUACUCGGUGAUGCAUGUAAUAAAAGGACUGAAUUGCAGCUACAGAACGAA